AUGACAAGCAAAGAAAUUCCUGAUAUCGAAGAUAUAUUGCCACCAAAACCUCAGGCACCUAAACCCAGUGACUGCUGCGGCACUGGCUGCUGUCCUUGUGUUCACGAUAUAUAUGAGCAUGAUUUGAAAGCAUGGAAGAAGCAGUGUGAGCUUAUUCGUAAUGGAUCCAGUGAAGGGAUACGACAUUUCCCGGGUGCUGUUGAGCCAGACAAAUGGAACGAGUUUGAGAUUAUUGCAGUGAAUAAAGUGAGUAAUAACACUUAUCUCUACACUUUCAAACUAGAAGAUAACCAAUGUUUGGGCUUGAAUUUAGGUCAACAUUUAAUUGUGAAGCAAGUGAGAAAUGGCCGUUCAGUUACUAGGCAGUAUACACCUGUCUCUGAUAUAAACCGAGUAGGAUCCUUCGAAGUUCUCAUAAAAAUUUACCCUAAGGGCAAAAUUACUCAAAUUAUUAAAAAUUGGAAUGUUAAUGACAUGAUUCCAUGGAGAGGGCCAUUUGGCCAUUUUUCUUACAAGGAAAAUAGUUACAGAAGAAUCCUUAUUCUGGCAGCUGGCACUGGCAUUGCUCCGGUGUAUCAGAUAAUAAAAACUGUCGUUGAAAAUGAAGAGGAGGAGACUUUUAUUAAGCUAAAUUAUGCUUCCAAGACUUUUUCCAAUAUUUUGUUAAGGGAGGAAUUGUGCAGUUACUGCCGAUAUUGGAAUUUUACAAUGUGUCACUAUUUAAGUGAAGAGACUGAUGUGAGCAAAAAGAGAUACAAUGAGGAGGUAGUAGCCAGGAGACUGUUGAAGGAUGAUAUUCUUCAGGAUCUAUCAAAAGGCUCUGUUGAUUCAACUUUAGUGCUUAUUUGUGGAACAAAGUCAUUCAAUAAAGAUAUGGUGAACGCUGCCAAAGAUGCCAGCAUUCCAGAUAAAAAUAUUUUUAAGUUUUGAAGACAUAUUUUGAUUUUCUUGUGCCCCAAGCUACGUAUAUAGUAAGGCUUUGUAGAUACAGUGGUCCCUCGUUUUUUGUAAUUAAUCCAUUCCUGGGGGAGCUACUGUAAACGAAAUUUACGAUUUGCGAAUCAAUUUUCCCCAUAAGAAAUAAUGUAAAUACACUUAAUCCGUUCCUGACACCCAGAAGUAUUAAAACAAAAAUUUUUUUUUACAUGAAAUAUACAUGUAGUACAUAAACAAUACAAUGGGAAAUGAUGAAUGAAACAUUAACAGCAUAACACCUACCUUUAUUGGAGAUUCUUCUUAGUGUAUGGGAGACUGGAGGAGGAGAGAGAGUGGAUUGUUUAUAGUUUGGAAGGGGAAUCCCCUUCCAGCAACACCUCAGGUACCAAUUGCUUCUCUGGGGUUGCUUCUCUUCUCUGUUUCUUAAUGCCACUAGGACCACCUUUAGAGUCACUCUAGUCCUGCCUCGCAAAGUAACUUUGGAGAGAGCUCUAUUUCUGGCGUCUCUUUAACACUUCCCUAAAAUGGCCCAAGACUUUGUCACUGUACAUACUUCUCACCUUCUUUACCACAGGCUUGGCACUAGCUUUCUUUGGAGCCAUGGUAGCUUAUUUAGUACUUGCAAGCACUAAAAUGAGUGGAAUAUUAUGAAAUAUUUCAUAGGAGCACUUGAGGGGACCUUCACUCACUGGUAAACAAUGCCAGACUGGCUGGGUAGGGAGGCCGCGCCGGCUCACACUGCGUAUGCGUCCCGGACGAACUACUAUUCGCGAGUCAACCUAUGAAAAGUGAGUCCAUGUUUAUAUGAAAAUACCCCUAUGAUUGGCGAAAUUUACGAUUGCCGAGAACUACGAAAAGCGAGGGACCACUAUACUAAUGUAGUAAUUCCUCGCUUAACGAUUGGCUCCUGCUCGUCUAAUGAUAAAUUCAAGGUUACAGUCUGUCACCUGCCUGAUUGAAGACCUCUUCUUUGUGCAAUGACCAGAUAAUAUAAGUGUGACUCUGUAAAUGGUGCAAGUCGGACCAAAACGUCAUCUUAAGCUCCUCUCUUCUAUGUGUGGGUUAUUUGUGUAUGGUAUUUUACGGCAAGCAAGAUUCUCUGGUCUCCAUGGGGAUGUGGAACAGAAUUCUUCCUCUGUAAGCCACGCGUGUCAUAACAGGCAACUGAAAUGCUAGGAGCAAGGGGCUAGUAACCCCUUCUCCUGUAUAUAUUACUAAAUUUAAAAAGAGAAACUUUUUGUUUUUCUUUUUGAGUCACCCUGCUUCAGUGUGAUAUGGCCAGAAAGAUUCUCCGGUGUCGAGGACAUCCCCCCAAUUCUGACUGGCUAAAUUUUUGAAAAAAAAAAAAUGAAAAUAAGUAUAAAAAUAAGGCUGCAGAACUUCUGGCCAUGUUCUUUUUCUACUCGCUGUCUCGAUGCGUACAAGUGGGCAUGUCAGUGGCUGGGUAGGAUUGCAUAUUGCUUUGUGAUUGUUUUUUCAUGCAUUUUAAAAAUAUUUCAUAUUUUUAAGUUUAUUGAUUUUUACUAUUUAAUAAGUACAUUUGUGCUGCCAGAGCCAAACACCAUAACAGGAAAUGUUUACAACUACUGUGUACCGUAGCCUACUUGAUUCAUUAUUGGGUUGUAUGCAACUAGAUUACUGUCUAGCAUCAUAACACUUGUCUAGGCUUAGGGUAAGGUCUAUGAGCGAUGUAACCAUCGGCCUCCAAGAUGCUGGGUAAAUUUUCAAGUUAUUUUGGGAAAAAAUAGUGUCUUUGAUGCUAUUUUUGCUGACAAGUCUUGACAGAUAAGAUUAAAUCUGCUUUUGCAUCAGUAGGCAACCAUGUUUUCCUAUCCUCUGAAUCAUCAGUUAAAAUAUGUGGAAAACAGGAUUAAUUUUUAUGUACAGUGGACCCCCGGCAUACGAUGGCAUCGGUACACGUUAAAUCCGGUAUACGAUACAUUUUAAUGCAAAAAUUUUGCCUCGCCACUUGUUAAAAAACCCGCCACACAGGAUUUGUCUGUGACGUGUCCAUGUGUGGCCUGAACUUUCCCGUGCGUGCCAGUGUUUACAAGCCAGCCAGUGUGCUUGCAUCUUUUUUAUUUAUUUAUUUAUUUAGAAAUUUUAGCAUACAUACAGAGGUACAAAAAAAAAAUACAGGUAAGAGCAGCAUGCCAAAGCCACUUAUAUGCAUAGCAUUAUGGGCUGGCUUAAAAUUAACUUAAGAUUAACUAAGCAAUGAUGUAAUCAGUGAUAAGACAUUAUUGUAAACAGAUAACUAUAAAGCACAAAUGAGUAUUACAAAGACUGGUCAUAUGGUUGCAUGCAUUGCUGUUCAUUCAGUAGAAUGGAGUAUUCUGUUAGGUAGUGUAUUUAAAAAAAUAACAAAGUUAGAUUGGGUCCUAGGUUUAACAUUUAUGUGAUAUAAUUGUGAGUAACAUUUUGGAUAUACAAUUUAUAAGGUUCAGUUAUUCAGUAUUUAUAUUUGGUUUUGAGUGAGUAAGUGAACUUUGAGAAGAGACUUGAAUUUAUAAACAGGUAGUGUUUCUUUUAUAUUUACAGGUAAUGAAUUCCAGAUUUUAGGGCCUUUUAUGUGCAUUGAGUUUUUGCAUAGCGUGAGAUGGACACGAGGAACAUCAAAGAGUGAUCUGUGCCUUGUGUUAUGGUCAUGUGUUCUGUUGAGGUUGGCAAGGAGAUGUUUGAGGGGAGGGUUAAUAUCAGAGUUAAGUGUUCUAUGUAUGUAAUAGGUGCAAUAAUAAGUAUGGAUGUUUUGUAUGGUGAGUAGGUUGAGUGUUUUGAAUAUUGGUGGAGUGUGUUGCCUGUAGUGAGAAUUUGUUAUCAUUCUAACUGCAGCCUUUUGUUGGGUAAUUAGUGGUCUGAGAUGGUUAAUUGUUGUUGAGCCCCAUGCACAAAUUCCAUAGGUGAGAUAGGGGUAAAUAAGAGAGUGAUAAAGGGCCAGGAGGGCUGACUGUGGAACAUAGUACCGUAUCUUCGAUAGUAUGCCUACAGUCUUGGAAAUUUUCUUAGAAAUUUGUUGUAUAUGUGUAUGAAAUUUGAGUCUAUUAUCGAGGUGGAUUCCUAAGAAUUUUCCCUCUGUUAGCUUUGUGAUAGGUGAUCCAUUUAUCGUUAUGUUAAGAGGGACAUCUGUAGCUCUGUUACCAAACUGAAUGAAGUAGGUUUUGUCAAUGUUUAGUGUAAGUUUGUUAGUCCUCAUCCAGGUAGAUAUUUUCUGUAAUUCGGUGUUUACAGUAUUGGCUAGCGUGACUGGGCUUGGGUGAGAGAAGACGUAUGUAGUGUCAUCUGCAAAAAGUGUGGGUUUGAGUAAUUGCGAAGCAUUUGGUAGGUCAUUUAUGUAUAGGAGAAA